AUGAGAUUCGGAUUGAAAGCCGGUGGCCUUUUGUGGCUCGCGGUCUCGCUUUGCGGGUCUGGCCGUGCUUUGGCUCAGGAAGACGUUGACUGGCCGAUCCACGACAAUGGCCUCAAUGAAGUCGUCCAAUGGGAUCACCACAGCUACAUCGUCAAUGGCGAGAGACUCUUUGUCUUCUCAGGUGAAUUCCACUACUGGCGUAUCCCGGUGCCGGAACUUUGGAGAGACCUUCUUGAGAAGAUCAAGGCGGCAGGCUUCAAUGCCUUCUCCAUCUACAACCACUGGGGCUACCAUAACCCGUCCCCUGGGGUCUUGGACUUCGAGACCGGCGCCCACAACUUCACAUCCAUCAUGACCGUCGCUAAGGAGGUCGGCAUCUACCUGAUUAUUCGCCCUGGCCCCUACGUCAACGCCGAGACCAACGCCGGAGGAUUCCCUCUCUGGGCCACGACCGGCGAGUACGGUUCUCUGAGAAACGACGACUCGAGGUACACCGAGGCAUGGACUCCUUUCUGGGCCGAGAUCUCCAAGAUCAUCAAGCCGCACUUGAUCACCAAUGGCGGAAAUGUCAUCAUGUUCCAAAUUGAGAACGAGCUCAAUGGACAGUGGAAGGAUAUCCCCAACCGCGUCCUCAACCCGCCCAUUGCGAACUACAUGCAGCUACUCCAAGAUAGCGCACGGGAAAACGGCAUCGAUGUGCCUUUGUCGCACAAUGCUCCCAACAUGCGAGGAUACUCUUGGUCCAAGGACUUCUCCAACGCGACUGGAAAUGUCGACGUUGUAGGCGUGGACAGCUAUCCGUCUUGCUGGAGCUGCAACUUGAGCGAGUGCACCGGUACAAAUGGACAGUACAUCCCGUACUUGACCCAGAACUACUACGACUACUUCACGGUUCAGUCCCCGUCCCAGCCAAACUUCUUGCCAGAGUUCCAGGGAGGCUCUUACAACCCAUGGGGUGGACCGGAGGGCGGCUGCCCAGGCGACAUCGGUGUUGACUUUGCCAAUAUCUUCUACCGCGAUCUCAUCUACCAGAGAGUCACUGCAAUCUCCCUGUACAUGAUGUUCGGCGGUACCAACUGGGGUUGGCUUGCUUGUCCUGUCGUCGCCUCCAGCUACGAUUACUCCUCCCCGGUAUCCGAGAACAGAAUUAUCGGAAGCAAGUUCUACGAAACCAAGCUUUUGACCCUUUUCACGAGAGCGGCGAAGGACCUGACAAAGACGGAGAGAGUCGGAAAUAGCACAUCAUACUCGAGUAACGCAGCCAUCACCGUCGCCGAGCUGCGAAACGUAGACAAUGACGCCGCCUUCUACGUCGCGCGCCACGCAUAUUCCCCUUCCAACACCAAUGAAGCAUUCAAACUCUCGGUCAACACGUCAGAGGGUGCCCUCACUAUUCCUCAACACGGAAACUCCAUCGCAAUCAACGGACAUUCGGCCAAGGUCAUUGUCACCGAUUUUACCUUUGGCGAGAAGAAGCUGCUUUACUCCACUGCCGAGGUUCUCAGCUACAUCAUCGUCGACGGCAAGGAGGUCAUUGCUCUUUGGCUUCCCGAGGGUGAGGCCGGCGAGUUCGUGGUCAGCGGUACCACUUCUGCUGAGCUUGUUGGAGAUGGAAACGUCGGCGAUUUCCAGACCUUCGCAGGAGAGAGCAACGUCACCGUUGCAUACACCCAGAAGAAGGGUAUCACCAUCGUCGAUCUUGGAGAUGGCUCGCGUGCUGUUUUGCUGGACCGCAAUGCAGCUUACCUUUUCUGGGUCCCGACUCUCGACAAUGACGUCUUGGCCCCUGCCAACAAGACCGUCUUUGUUCAAGGACCUUAUCUUGUUCGUUCGGCUUCCUUCAACGAGACGGGUCGCAGCUUGGCUCUUUAUGGAGACGCUGACAAGGAAACCACUGUCACUGUUUUUGCUUCUGAGUCCAUCUGCGGUAUUACUUGGAACGGCAAGAAGCUCGAGAUUGCUUCGAGGGAGGGCAAUGUCUUCACCGCGAAGAUCGAGGGCCCUGCCGAAUUCAGUCUUCCAGCUCUUGGCCCGUGGAAGGUCCACGAUAGCUUGCCUGAGAUCGCUACUGACUAUAAGCCCACUUCUGACUCGUGGGUUGUUGCCGAUAAGACCAACACUUCCAACACGGUCAAGCCUGCCUCGAACAACCCCGUGCUCUACGUCGACGAGUAUGAAAUUCACGUCGGAAACCACAUCUACCGCGCUACCUUCCCAACCAGCGAAAACCCUCCUACCGGCGUGUUCCUGAACCUCACCGGAGGACUCGCCUUCGGCUACUCCGUCUGGCUGAACUCGGAGUACAUCGGCUCCUACCUGGGUCUUUCCUACCUCGGUGCUGAUGCCAGCGAGUUCUCUUUCGAGAACGCCACUUUGGCAAAGGAGGGCGACAACAUUCUCGUCGUCGUUAUGGACAACUCCGGUCACGACCUUCGCGAGGCUGCCCUUACCCCCCGUGGUAUCACCAACGCAACUCUCCUCGGCCCCGACGCCUCUACGUACAAGUUCUCCGAAUGGAAGAUUGCCGGAACAGCAGGUCGCAACGACCUCAUCGAUACUGUCCGUGGCCCGAUCAACGAGGGCGGUCUCUAUGCCGAGCGCAUUGGUGCAGCCCUUCCCGGCUUCCCCGACGAGGACUGGGAAACCCUCGGCUCUUCCAACGAGACACUCUCCGUGUCCGAUGCCGGUAUCAAGGUCUUCCGAACCGUCGUUCCCCUGGACGUUCCUGCCGGCCUUGACGUUUCCAUCUCCUUCCGCCUUACCGCUUCGUCUAAUGAUACAUUUGCGCCGACACAAGAGGGAUACAGCAACCAGCUCCGUGCGCUGCUGUUCGUCAAUGGGUACCAGUACGGCCGGUUCAACCCGUACAUCGGCAACCAGAUUCACUACCCUGUGCCGACCGGCAUCCUCAACUACAACGGCGACAACACCAUCGCAGUCACGAUCUGGAGUCAGUCGGCUCAGGGCGCCGAGUUGAAGAUUGAAUGGCAGGCGGAUUACGUGCACACUUCAAGCUUCGAUAUGAGCUUCGAUAGCGAGGCGCUGCGGCCUGGCUGGGAUGAGAGCCGUCUCCAGUAUGCUUAG